AUGCCUGAGCCCUACGUCAUGCAUGUAAGCGCGGCCAACAAAGACCGGGACGGAGAUCCCAGGCUGACCAUCCUGAGGCUGGCCGAAGACCCCCGCUGCAUGGAGGACGACUGGGCGCCCGCGAAGCAAGCCGCUUUGGACCUGUGGGAAGAUCUCCGGCGACUCCAGCCCGAACUGCGCGGGCAACGGAUGGGCACGCUCCUGUUCUACGAACGUGGAGACCGCGCGCGCUUCCUGAUCGAGCCCCCGGCGGGCCAGCCGCUGCGCUUCCUUGAGUUCGACGGUAUAGUCGAGUUCGUGGCAGACUUGCCUGCUGCUAUCGAGAAGAUUCAGGGUGCAAUUGACAAGUGGGCGCGUUGCGUGUUGGUUGAGGGGGAUGAGGAGGGUGGCUCUCUGCCGGAACUGACUUAG